CUUCCGCUUCCAGCUCUUUCUACAUAUAACAUUCAUUAAUUCUCAUCGCCUUGAAAAUCUCGUCUCUACAACUCCCCUCGUCCUUCUUCCGGACCCUAACGUCGUCUUCUUCCUUGCUUUAGACCAGCACCGAGAUUUCUAGGGUUUCGCUCCAUCGACCCCCUUUCUAAUGGGAGAAUCGAAGAACAUGGACGAGAUCCCCCUUCCCGCGCUCUUCGAUCAGGCCAAGAAGAUCCACUCCAUGGCCACGGAAUCUUCUUGCGACCAGGAGACACUGAGAAAGGGGAUUGAGGCACUCCGCCGCUGCGACGAGAUGGUAAGCAGGCUAGGGUUAUUCUCCUCGAACGAGUCGAAGGAUGACGUCAGCACCACCAAUCUGAAAUAUCUCCUAGUCCCUUUUUAUCUUGGAGAAUUGACUGAAAAAGUUGCACAAGAUGAUAGGUUGCAGGGUAUUAAAGUAUCUCAGAAUCAAUUGAAGGAAUUUAUUUCAAUCUGUGAAGCGCUAGAGCUUGUCCCUGAAGAGGAGAUAGAAACUUCAGUGUAUGGCAGUGCAGAUUCAGCUGCAGCUCGGCGAGCCAAGAAGAUUGCUAGGUUCAAACGCCAGAGAGCUGCAGAAGCAAAGCUGCAAGAAAUCAAAGAAAGAAAGGAAAGGCGAGGACGAUCCUUGAGAGCAGCAGCUUUGUCCACCCCAGUUGAGUCUCAGGAGGAGGAUGCAGUGGAUGAUGAUGAUGGGGAGGAAGAAAGGGAGGCUUGGCUAACCUCCAUAUCUUUGGCCAUUUGUAAGGCUUUUGAUCUCCUAGAAAUGUUAAAGAAAGAGGAAGAGAUGCUUCUUGCUGUCAAAGAGAGACAAUCAAAGGAAGGCGACAAUGAACUUGCUCGUGAAAUACUUGAUGAGCGUACAAAGAGAGCUGAAACUUGGCACAGGAAUGCUGCAGGUCAAGCCCCAUUCUUGAAACCUGCUCAGCCAAUCACAUGCGCCACAUUUGCCCAAGAUGUUAUUGAAGGGAGAGCGAAGGCUUCUGAUGUGCAUGAACAUAAACACAAGCCGCUGAUAUUUGGACCUGCAAGUCUUAUCGGUGGAAGAUUAACCAGUGAGAGGGAAAGAAUUGCAGCACAAGUCUUUCAACCAAGUCACAGAAUGCCCACAAUGAGCAUAGAAGAAGCUGGCUUGCAAGAAAUGGAGAUGAUGAACAAAUGGCAAGAGAGAAACGCAAAGCUUAUGCAGGAAGCACACUCAUCUUGGCACAAUGAUGGCCCUCCCAAACAAGGCUCCGAUGAUGAAGAUGAUGAUGCUGCUCAAGAAAAGGCCAGAGCAUGGGAUGAUUGGAAAGAUGACCAUCCACGCGGAGCUGGUAACAAGAAGCUCACUCCAUGCGGGUAAAUUGAGACGGUAGUGAUCAUGUUAUUAUCUGUAUACUGAUAUGGUUUUAUAACGGCAUGGUUUUGUAAACAUUUUCAUCUCUGAAUAUUUUGUUUGUCAGUUAUUUGCGUUGUUUAUGUAUUAAGUUGUAUAUCUGCAUUGAUUAAAGGAACAGGGAAUUCCCUCAUUAUUCUUUGUUA